AGUCAGGUCGUGCGCAACAUGAGAACACAAAAUAUGUUUUGUUGUCUUGGUCUGUUUGGAGACUGCAGCUUUUGCAAAAGCCCACCCACCAAUUUACAAGUACUUCCACUUCUCAUUUGCACAGACAGAACAGACAGAGGAAGUUGUACUUCUUUUUGUGUAUGCAAACGAUCGUGGGACUGAAGCCAGUUUCAUUUCGAAGUGACUGCAAGGAGAUGUGGAGUAUCAUCCUCGAUGAUGAAUCACUCAUGGAGAGUGCUAUUGGAGUCUAUUUUGGCAGUGCUGCAUCUCACUUCAAGUGUUAGCUAUGGUGAAAGCUGCCUGGCAAUCAUGGUGGGGCACACUAAUAAUUACACAAUUCAACUUGGAAAAAACCUCCAGAUUAAUUGUACAUGUUCCUAUAUUAACUGCACUCACCAAUCGGCAUACGAUGUCUCCUGGUAUAAGUUGCAAAGAGACGUUUACGUGCCAAUGAUCUUUGACUCUCAUACUCGCAUGGAGUCGAUAAAUUUAAGCAACGUGGAAACGAUGUUGUCAUUAUACUUCACAAAUAUACAAAAAAGCAAUGCAGGUAUCUAUCGGUGUCAAAAUGGACUCACCGUCGGACACAAGAUCCAAGUGUCUGUGUAUGAUAGCAACAUGAUGACCAACACCUCACUUAGGAAUGAAAGCAGUUUGCCAGAGGAAGGUCGAUGGAUGUACUUGUACUCUGCCAUAGGCACAGUGGCAUUCGUCAUCAUUGUGAUAUUUAUAUCAGUCAUGUCAUUGCAACGGUGCAAAGGUCACGCAAAGAGAGAGGCACAAACUGAAACUCAACAAACCGGUAUCAAACCACAAGAUCCGCCAACCUCCUCCAGCAGCUACAUUUACAGUAAAAUGAGUAGAAAGGAAGAAAAACAUCCAACAACAAGGGCAGAGACAGAGGGAAGCUCCAUCACGUAUGCCGCUCUCAACCACCACCAACCCCCCGGUGCUCCCAUUCGACCAAGGAGGCCCAAAGAGGAAAGUUCUGAGUAUGCAGAUAUACGAGUAUGACGUAUGGCCGGUGUUGGAAGAUCAGAUUUUACCCACGUUCAAGUCAAGGAAAUGACUUGUUUCACAUGAGACUAAAAACAGCAGCUUCCUCUCACAUCCCAAAUGUCAAUCUCGGAUUCGUAGGGAUGAGAUACGACUUUCAGGGGUCGUUGUUACCCCCCCCCCCCCCACACACACACACACAAGAAUGUAGCUCCAAGAAGAAAUUCACAUCAUGAGCGGAAGGAGAAGCAGGUUGCAUAAAUCAUGUGCAUUGUAGGUGUGACGCUUGCGGUUUGUGAAAGUGCUCGAGUUUGUGAAUGCAGCGCCUGCAAUAUGCUACGUGCACGGUCACGACACUUUUACAAGUGCUGCUAACUUUUGGCCCCGUGGUUCUCAUCUGUCCUUUGAUAAUUAAAGACAACAUUCUGUCUGGAUCAUUAAUGUUCAUGCUGUUCAAUGAAGACAGAAGUAAAAUCAGUAAAUCAAUGAAA